AUGGCGUUCGACUGCUACUGCGCGUUGUGCGGUGUUGGGUUCUGUGGCAUGCAUAUCGAGGCACCGUCUGAGACCGCGACCGAGCGGCGCAGACGCUGGAUCGAGAAGCGAUGCCGCGCGCUGCAGGCCGGGAGGGACAUCGGCCAGGUGUCAGAGGGAGAGGAGACUGAGGACCCCGUCCGCAGCUAUGAUCCCCGGAUUGUCGGCUGGGACAACAUCUCCUGGCUGUAUAAGGCUCAUUGCCUGGGGUGGAACGAAAGCGCUCCUGCUGGCACGAGCAAAGCGUUCAUUUCCGACGAAGGAUAUUACGCCGAUUCAGGAGAGUUAGUUGUCAAGGCCAGAUCUGAUCGUGAUCGACCCCGAUCUCAACGUGUUUUUUCAUGCUAUGGCCAUGGCUCCGAGGAGGCACCCGGACCGGUCCUGCCGUUCCACUGGUGCUGUUUUGAGAUUCUGACCCGCACCCUGACGGGCGCGAGUGACACCGAGAAUGUCAAUAUGGAUGUGUUGUACAAUGUCAUGACGCCCCUGUGCAACAUGUCGAGCUCCGCACUGCAGUUGAGCUACGGAAAUGACGUCGAGCGAGCCCAGGGUCGCUACUGGGAAUGCAUCCCGGGCGCAGAGUAUUGCGCCACACACCCGACUAACACUCCGGGUAUCGACGAGUACAUCCAGACCGCCCUGGAAACGAAUUCCGGCCUGAAGACCUCGUCUGCCGAGCUGAAUCUGAGAGGACGCGAUCCCACCAGCCCGUUCGGCCGAUUGCCCCUCGAAAUUGUGUAUCAGAUCUGCAUGUUCCUCCCCGGCGAUGCGGUCAAAGCCCUGGGGCAGGCGUCCUUGAGCAUCCACCUCGUGACCCAGGAUAACUUGUUCUGGAAGAAGUUCAUGCAGCGUGACAUGCCGUGGCUCUGGGAGCUCCAGGGAGCGAAGAGUCGCAAGAUUCCGCAGGACGUCAACUUCAAGCGGCUUUAUAUGUGGUUGAAUCGGAUCACGGCUCCGCGGUACGGCAUGGACGAUGUGAAGCUGAUCGGCGUUGCGAAUCGGAGGCGCAUCUGGGGGGUUUGCGAGGAGCUCGCCGAUCGUUAUCACGAAAGCUUGCCUCAGCCCACCGUUAGUGGCUGA